GGGCGCCCGCGGCGGUCGCGCCACGCGACACCGGUCGUUGCGGGCCAGGGAUGGGCCGGUGACAUGCCCGUGAGCUGCGGAGGCCGCGGCCGCAAGGUGGCUUGUGGAUUUACUCUUCUGUGAUCACAUACCAUAGAAAUACAGUUAUGGCGACUCUCCAGCCUUUUAGAUACAGUCAUAUGAAGAACAAAGCAUCCAUCAGAAAAAGCUUCAAUGAAGAUGUUUUCCAGUCUGUUAAGUCUUUGUUACAGAGUAAGAAAGAACUAUGCUGUAUAUCAGGAGAAGACUUUUGUAACCAGGAUGAGCAUGCCAGUUUGACUGAGGUCACAUUUCUGGGCUUUAAUGAAGAAACAGAUGCUGCUCACCUACAGGAUUUAGCUGCAGUUUCUUUGGAACUUCCAGACCUUCUGAAUUCACUCCACUUCUGUAGUCUAAGUGAAAAUGAAAUUAUUUGUAUGAAGGAUAUAAAUAAAUCAUCAGAUAUAAGCAGUGGACUUCCAGAUCAGAAUCAUCAUUCUGGAAUGUUUUGUGUCAUGAGAGUGUCACCUACAUUGCCAAGACUCAGAAUUGACUUUAUCUUUAGUCUCCUAAGUAAAUAUGCUACUGGUAUAAAAUAUACUCUGGACACAUACUUGCAUCAGAGGCGACAACUUGAGACCACUGAUGAAGAUGAUGAUGAUACAAACCAGUCUGUGUCUUCUAUAGAGGAUGACUUUGUCACAGCUUUUGAGCAGUUGGAGGAAGAUGACAGUAUAAAACUACAUACUGAUGAAAUAAACAUGGCUACACUAAGGAGCCAGUGUGAUGCUGCAUCUCAAACUAUUUCUGGUCACCAUUUAGAAACACACAAUUUGAAGGUUCUGGUUAGUUAUGAACAGCAGAAGUCAUUGGCUAAACCCUCCUCUUUGGUAAAUGUUCUGGGACAUAGAGAACCAUCUUCUGUGAAAACUUCAGUGACAACAUCAAUUUCAGAGCCUUGGAUCCAAAGGAGUUUCUAUAGACCAUCUGAUGUUUUAGAUAAAGGUAGUGAUAGACAAAAAACCUUUCUUUCUUCUUCUCCAGCUUACUCAUCUGAAUCAGAAUGCUCAAGUCCAAGCCCUAUUAUUUUCUUGGAUGAGGUGGGAUAUCAAAAAAGUUUAAAAGCAAAACUUGAACUGCCUAAAAUUCCUGCAAUGAAAGAUGAUGUAGAAGAUUCAGACUCAGAAGUAAGUGAAUUUUUUGAUAGCUUUGACCAGUUUGAUGAACUCGAACAAACUGUAGAGACUUCUUGUGUAUUUGUAAAAGACCCUGCCAUGAGCAAGUCAUGGCAGAAGAUAGGGCAUACACAUGAAGAAUCAUGCAUGAACCCUCAAAAAUUCAAGCUUGAUCGCCCAGUUCUUCCAGCAAAUGUUAGAAAGCCAACUCCUCGCAAGCCAGAGUCUCCAUAUGGGAACCUGUGUGACACUCCUGAUUCCCCCAGACCAGUGAAGGCAUCUGGGGAAGAUAGUGGCUUAUUUAGCCCUAUUCGAUCCUCUGCUUUUAGUCCUCUUGGAAGCUGUACUCCUGCUGAGUGUUUAUGCCAAACAGAUACUGGAGGUAGGAUUACUGAAAAUCAGGAUUCUAUCUACUGCACCUAUGAAGAUUAUGCAAAUAGCAUUUCAUGUGAAGUACUGGGCUCAGCUCUUCAUACUCAACAUACUAGUGCAAUGUCAAAUAUUAAUAGUAUUAAAAAGGGAGAAAAUAGAACUGUAGCUUCCAAACAUUCAAGCCUUGAUCCAAAAAGUAAAUAUAAAAACAAAUCUCUAGUGAUUAAAGAUAGCAUUCAGAAAUUUGCUACAGACCUGGUGGAAAGAAGUUUUGGCAGUGCAUUUAAGGACAUACAGAAAGGGGUCUCCUCAUGUACCAAUGCCCUGUGUCACUUAGCUAUCAAAUUGACAUCAUCUGUUUUUCAGAUGGCAUUUAAUGAACUUAAAAAGCAGCGAGCAUUUUCAUUGAAGGAACGUGCCAUUAGUAGCCUGGCAAAUUUUUUGGUGAGUGAGGCCUUAUCAAAUGCCUUAAAAGAUUUGCAGUAUGUAAAGAAGCAGAUAUUUACAAACACUGUUGCUAGGUUUGCUGCAGAUCUUGCAGAAGAGCUUGUUUUUGAAGGCAUCAUGGAAGUGUGUCAGUUUUCAUAUCCUCCAACACCUGCAUCUCCACAGUGUCAGUCAUUUGACUUUGAAGACAAAGUAGUGAAGUCAUAUGCAAAAGAUUUGUCUGAGUCUGUAAUACAAGAAGCAUUUAUUGAGUUAUCCCAAGUGGAUGUGGCCUUCACAUCAAAAGCAGCAGUCAGUAUUUCUACAGGUAAUAUCAGGUAUAUGAGUGCAGAAAGUGUAGGGCCACCUCCACAGCCCUUCACAUCUUCUCUAUCUGUUAGCAAUCAAGUAAUCACUACAACCAGACCAGUGCAGGAAUAUAAAAAGGAGUACACAAUGCAUCAAGCCUUGUUUUGUACUUCAGGAAUUGUCACUUCCAUACCAGUGCCCUUGGCAGGAAGUGCCCUUCUUCCAUAUCACACUUCUUCUACUCUGUGUCAGUCAAAGUCUCAAAUGCCAUCUGAUGAUAGUAAUGGUGGUUCUAUCCAAGUCCCUGCAGCUGUAAAAAACACGGAAGAGGAAGUGGAUUGUCUCAGAAAUAUUUGUCUACCCUCAGAAUCCAAUCCAGUUAACCAGAGUGAUUUUAAGCCAAAUAAUAUUGAAAUGCAGAGUUCUUCAAAAUUGACAAGUGAUCCUGUGAUUAUUAGCAACUUUUCUGCAGCAAUGGUGCAUACAAUAGUAAAUGAAACUUUAAAGUCAGUGACAUCAUUCAAAGUUACAAAAGCAGUGGAUAGGCAUGCAGAAUAUUUAACUGAAACAAUCAAAGGGAGAGCCUCUCCUCCUCUUUUCCAUUGUGAUCAAGCAACACCACAACAGAGUAAAGCUAGCAAUAAGGACAUGUUUGCUGAACAGUUAUCAAAAUCUAUCAUUAAACAUUCCAUGGAUCAAAGUAAAUCAGCAAUCCCAAGUGAAAUAUGUAAGGAAGGCUUGCCUGCUCCUGAUAAAGAGUCACAAUUAGCCUUGGAAAAAUGCCCCAAAUUUCUUGACAUUGAAGAUCACUUACCUCAUUCUUCACGUGUGGUUGGAAAGGAUUGUAUUCAAGAGUGUAAAAAGUCUAUGGUUCUUGGAUUUUCUUUAGAGUCACUACCACAUUGUCCAACAGUGGUAGUUCAAAAAUCUGACUUGAAGGAAUUUGCUAAGGAGAAGCUAGUGAAAAAGCAGAAACUGAAUAACACAGCCCUUGAGCCCUUUUCUUUUGGACAAGAAAGCUCCUUUAAUCACUCACACGCUUCCUCCUCUGCAGUGCUUGCCUCUGUAGAUGGUUUGCAUACAGAAGACAAACAGAAAAUCAGAGACAGAAAUGUGAUACCUGAUACUCCUCCAUCAACUCCUCUAGUACCAUCCCAGACAGUGUCUGAAUGGGACAUCAAGAAGUUAACCAAAAAGCUGAAGGGGGAAUUAGCCAAAGAAUUUGCACCUGCUACUCCACCUUCUACACCUCACAACUCAUCUGUUGGUAGUUUGUCUGAAAAUGAACAAAAUACUAUAGAAAAAGAGGAAUUCAUGUUGAAACUUAUGCGAUCUCUGUCAGAAGAGGUUGAAAGUAGUGAAGGGGAAGAGCAUCCAGAACUGGAUGUGAGCUUUGAGCACCCAGGGAAGAAAGUUCAAUUUGCAGAAGCAUUAGCCACACACAUCAUUUCUCUGGCUACUGAGAUGGCAGCCUCCCAUUUAGAUCAUGAAAUAACUCAAGAACCAAAGGUUCAAAACUCAAAUGUACAGAGACAAAGGAGUCUAUUUCCUAGUCUUUUAAAUCAUUCAGAUGAAAAUUCACAAACAUGCAAUUUUGCGAGUGAAAUGGCAGAAGAAGUCAUUGCAGAAGUGGAGAAAAUAGCAAAAGUUGGAAGUUGUUUACUUUUCAAGCAGAGAAAUAACAAUUUUCAUGUUGAUGGUGACCAAGGCAGAACAGAAGAGAAGUUGGAUAUGGAAGUGGAUCCAUUUGUUCUUUCAUUGCCACCAAGUUCAUGUAUGUCAGGUCUGACGUAUAAGUAUCCCAGUUGUGAAAGUGUGACAGAUGAGUAUGCAGGCCACGUGAUCCAGAUACUACAACAGGAAGGUGGUAAUGGUGAGUUAAUAAUGGAUCAGUUUGCUAACAGACUUGCUUACCGAUCUGUUAAAUCCGGGUUGCAGGAAGCAGCAAAGACAGCCAAAAUGAACUGUAGUUCAGAUAUAUCCCUAGUGCAAAAUUCACAAGUGAAAAUAAAUAGUGGUAAGUUGAUGUUCACAAAUAAAGAACAUCACCGAGAAGUAGAUAAAAAAAGACCAAGAAAAAGAAAUGGAGAUCAUCUUUGCAAAAAUCAAACUUAUGAAUGGACACACAAUUCAUGUAGAAAUGAGCUCUCUGAACUGUACAGUUUUUCAGCUUCUCUUGCUAACAGCAUAACGAGAGACGUUAAAAAACAACUGACAGCACCUACAGUUGAUUUGCCAAAAUCCUCAACAGAUUCUUGUCUUUUUGAGAAAUCUGGAUGUGUUGAAGAUACUGAAUGCCUCAUUGAAUUAGAGUUUCCUAAGUCUGUUCAGCCUUCCUUGCAAAAUCAUGGAUUUUACCACAGUAUGGGCAGUUUAAGUGGAUAUAGUUAUGGAGAGAAUGUUCAAGCUAUAGAACAGUAUGCUAAAAAAGUAGUGGAUGACACUUUAGAGCUGAGUUUAGGAUCCAGAGUUUUCCAAGUAUCUGAGACCACAAAGUCAGCUAAUAGGAUCACUUAUACAGAAAAGUUGUCACCUCUUAUAACUCAGUCUUGUAGAUAUUGUGACCUUAAAGAACUCCAUGAUUGUACCAGAAAUUCAUCUCAUCGCUUCUUUAGACAGAGUUCAUGUGCCAUAAGUAAGUCAGGUUCAAAUUCAAAAUUCAGCAACACCUAUCAGAAAUCUAGAAUUUUUCAUCUUGAUGUACCUCAAAUUCAUGUUAAUCCUGAUAAAAAGGCAGUUCUUGCUGAGCAGAUAGUUGCUGAAGCCAUUGAGAAGGCAGAGAAAGAGCUGAGCAAUACCAGUGUGGCAGCUGACAGUGGAAUCGGACAAGAUGGCAUUAGCUUUGCUGAAAGCCUUACAACGGACAUAAUGACAUCAGCCAUUACUAAUAUCGGACAUGCUGUCAGCAGCUCAAAAGAAAUAGAAGAUUUUCAGUCAACUGAAUCAUUCGGUAGCCAGCAGAUGAACCUCAGUGUUGGUGAGGACAGCACUGGUAGCUGGUCCAACUUAAGCUUUGAAGAUGACCAACAAGAUGAAAGCAGCAGUUUUCAUCAUCUAAGUGAAAGCAGUAAUGGUAACAGCAGUAGCUGGAGCAGUCUGGGUUUAGAAGGAGAUUUGUAUGAGGACAAUUUAUCCUUUCCAACAUCAGACAGUGAUGGACCAGAUGGUAAAGAUGAAGAGCAUGAGGACGACAUAGAGGGGUUGGAGCAAGAUGGAAAGACUCUGCUAAUUAUGAAUGUUGACAUAGAGCCAUGCACGGUAGACCCCCAGCUAAGGAUUAUUCUUCAGUGGCUUGUUGCCUCGGAGGCUGAAGUUGUAAAACUUUAUUUUCAUGAUACUGCAAAGAAGGAAUUUAUACUACUUUCAAAACGAUUACAAGAAAAAGGAUGGAAAGUGGGAGACCUUUUACAGGCCGUGCUUAAAUACUAUGAAGUGGUGGAAAUAACUGCCAGUGAAGAAAGAUGCAAGUCGUUGUUUGAUUGGCUUUUGGAAAAUGCAUAGAACAAACUCCAAAUGAGUAUAUUUUACUAUUUGCUUUAGGAGGAGAAGAAAAAGAUGAAUAUGUUUAGGAUAAAAUUCAUAUGUUGAAUACUAACAUUUUAAUUGAAUUGGGAGGAAAGUAAAUAUAGCUUUAUAAGUACUUUCUGUUGUCAAAGUGUAUAUAGUUCAUACUUUUGUAAUCUUUGUUAAAAAUAUUCUUUUCACCACUUCUUAUAUAUACAUGUGUAGUGUUACAACCCUAAGAAUAUGUCUGUGAAGGAAAAGGGUCAUUGCUUGGUGGCAUUCUUUUUGGAUGCAAGUAGUAGGAACUGCUAGAAACUACACUGAGGUGGCUGGUGAGAGGUCCCAGUGAUAUAGCUACAGUUUUGUUCCUCUGUAAACAAAUGACAUCGAAAACUCACCUGACAUCAAAAAAUUAAGUUGAGACUAAUUUUUUUGUUUGUUCUUACUAUAUUUGUAAUCUUUUGUCCUGUUUUUAAAAAACCAGUUUUAUUUCCACAUUUCAGAUACUGGUACUUUUUGAUCCCCCAAACUAUUGAUUUCUUAACAAUGACAUGAGUUAGGUUUCUGUAAAUAUCAUAAUUGAAUUUCCCCAGCCUUCCAUCAAGUGAAAUUAUUUGCUAAUACUGCCAGUUAUUCUGGAAUGAAAAUGAGAGGACGAGAAAGACCGAGACGGAGAGGAGAGAGAGAGAGAGAGAGAGCAAGAGCGAGAGCGAGAGCGAGCGAGCACUUUAACCUUCCCACUAGUUUGUUCCUACUUUGAGCUGUUCGCUUAGUUAGAAACCCACUACUAACACUUUAAAAGGUGCUUUAAAUUAAAACAUCUAUAAAGAUUGUACAGCAAGAAUUUUGGUCUUUUUGACUUAGUCUUACAAAUAAAAAUUCAGGUUGCAAAACACAUUGAAAUGUUAAGAAUUAAUAUGGAAAUGAACUCAGUGGUGCCAAAUAAUGAUUUUAGUUACUUGAGUUUUGAAAAGCUUCUCCACAUUACCAAUAAUAAUUUUUUUUUUCUAGAAAAAUUGGGAUUUACCCCUACCCCCAGUAAAAGAUGGCUGUGCUAUUUUUUAAAGUUCUCUCACAUUGUCUUCCUGGUCUGCCUUUUCUACCUGUCUUUAGAAACUGCAAGUUGACAUGUGAAGAGGACCAGCUCUUGGUUUUGUAUGUGUGGGUAUGUGUGAGAUUUUGGUCCUUCUGCUAAUGGAUUUUGUGGUCUACCAUAAUCACUUUUUUAUUGAGCCUUUUAUUUUGCUCCAUUACAUUUUCUUUCCCCCAAACACUGACUUAUAAAAGCUAUAGAAAAUGUAGACAAUAUAAACAUAGUACCUGCCAGGGAGUAGUGUCUUUCCAGGCACUUUCAUCAAUUUCAGUGAGUAACUAUGGUAGAUAUAUGUGUUUUAUAAAAUCUGCUUUUAGAAGAAUGCCAAAAGCUAAUUAAAUAUUUUGAGGUUACACUGUUGAGGUUUAGUUUUUCUCUAUUUAAGAUAGAGUCAUAGGGCUGGCCUUGGGCAUAAAGUUUUUGGAAAGAUGCAAGAAAUGAAUGAUCAGAAUUGUUUUUGCUUAUUGCUUUUCAGAACUUGAGAUGUGGCCACAUUGGACUAGGUUCUAAACAUUAGGCCCAUGAAUAUUUCCUCUGCUGAAAUUGUAAGAUACAAUAAUUGAUCAAAAGUUUAGGUUACAUUUUUACAAGUAACAGCCAGAUUGCAUUUAGGAAUUUGGUAUAUGUAUGGAUUAGAGUAAUAGCAAAACUGAGUUAUGAAUUUCUUUGAGAGUGACAAUAUAUUGAUUUUAUAAACUGUUUAAAAUGCUUUUGUUUAUUUUUAUUAAUGGUAUGAUGAUUUUAAGAUAAGAUGGUUUUAAUUUUCUUUGAUUUUUGCUGGAGUAAAGCUGGACUCAGUCUUUUAUUGAACUGCUGCCUAAUGACAAAACAGCUGUCAUGUACUAACAGGCAUGGUAACAAUUAUAAGAGGACCCCACACUUGCAUCAGUUCAGUGCAGGACCAUAGGGAAAAAUAAAUAUUGGCAAAUAUGAAAAGAAGUAUGAAUAACUUUUCUACUAAAGAAAGAAAAUAUUUGAGUCUAAAAUAUCCUUUUUAAGUACAGUCUAAACUUAACUUUCUUUAAAGCAUUUUGUGAUUUUCCAAAGGCAUUCUAGAUCUUUCUGUCUGUCCAGUCUCCAGAGCACCUGUUGAGGACAGCUCUCUUAUUAUAAAUCUGCUUGACAUAUUUAUAUUGUAACAUUGUAGAACUGCUAUCCUGUAUACUUCACUCCUGAUGCAAUAUGUCUUUCUCAGAGCUGUUAAAUUUGUGAUGUGCUAUGAGGUGAAUUCUCUGCCAAUUUAAAACCAUUUUGUGAUCUGCAGGAAGAAUGUGAAAGAGGCUCUCUGAUAAGGGGCUCCAGAACUAUUGCAGCCCGAAAUGUGGCAGUUCUUUCACGUUGAUCUUUCCCUAAGCUAGGUUUAAAUGUUUUUUGUUUUUCUUUUUUUUUUUUAAGAAAUUAUUACUGACUUUGAAAGUAUUUCCUGAUUCAUUCAAAAGCAAUGUUUCCUUUAUGAAUUACAGAAGAAAAUGCCAAUAGAAAGUGAAUGGCGCUUUGUAUGACUUAAUGGAUUGUAUAAACCCUUUGAGUGUUUACUCAUAUGUGAUAUCUUUAUACUUUAAAAAAUGUUUAUACCCUUUAAUGUUGUUGAUGUGAAUUAGUUCAUUUUUAAUUCUUUAAUUCUGCUUACCUAAGGGUUUAUGUUGCUGAUAGGGUUUCCUGUAUUAAGUGCACAGUGCAGAAAGUGAAGUAUUAUCACUUGGCCUUAGUGCACAUUCCCCGAAAGCAAGGUUUCAUUGUCAUCAUCCUCAGAGUUCAGAUUUUAAAAGUUCCAGAAUACCAGUUUACCACCAUGCAUAUCAUUUACAGUUUUAAAAUGUUGCAUCCCCACACCGGGCCUAAGGAAAAUCUUUCCAUUUAAGAGCUUGCUUAUCUGCCACCAGCAUGAGAGAAUCAGAGUGUUUGUGGGAAUUAGAGAAGUUGUAACUUAAAGUGAUAUGCAUUUUUCUCUCUCAUUUUCAGCACAAACCCUGCAGACAUUUAAUUUCUUUGUUUACUGUGUUCCUGCUCGGAAGAUGCAGAUACUAUGUUGUUACUCCUGCCACUUUAUAUUUAUUUUUUUACCAAUCCACAUACAUUCCUUUCAGUGAGUUAGAGUUGUACUUCUAGAAGUUCUUGUUUUGUUUUGUUGUAAUGUUUGAAUGCUAUUUAAUAUUGCUGGUUUUGCUACUUUUGGUUACUUGUGCAGUGUUGAAAGUAAUCUGCAUUCUUGUUUAAUUACCAGAUACAUAGCAAAAGCAGUUUUAAAUAAUUAUACCAUUUAUUCGGUGUGCUCAGUUAGCUAGUACAUUACGAUCUUUUACUGUAUAAUAGUAAGUUCUAUUUUGUUUUGUUCUUCAGUAAUUUAAUGUUCACUUUCUGAAAUAAUAAACUUCAGGAUGCACUAAAAUUUUGUUUUAGCAGUGGCUCAAAAAUGUUUCAGAAAUUAAUUUUGUAAUAAGUUGCAGUUAUUUGUUUUUUUCUCUUAUAUUUGUUUAAGCCUGUGAUCUUUCCUCUCUGAACUAAAAAUUCUUCAAUAAACCUAAGAAAUGCUGA